GAGCAAGAGCGCAAGCUCAAAGCAGAAACGGCUAUGGCGAUUCGCGCGUUUAUUUCCAGUCUCCGACGGCAAACGAAGACGACGACGACGUCUCUCUUUCGAGAUUCCUCUUUGUUUCUGAGAGCAUCUAGCCCGAAUUCUUGCUGCAGUGUAGAGCUACAGUCCGAGGCGAGGUUCCUUUCCUCCGUCGCCUCGCCUAGCCAUGUUACCGGCCGGCGAAGCCUCAAGGAUAAAGAUUCGAGGCUGAGAUUUCCUUCCGGAGAGAGUCCGACGACCCUUCUCAAGAACUGGACCAACGAGGGGCGGAAAGUUGCAGUCUCGGAGCUCAAGCCCAGAUACAAGAAGCUCCUCGGAGCUAAACGCUACCGUGACGCACUCGAGAUACUUGAAUGGAUGGAAAUUCACUGCAAGAACCAAAUGUCAGUGGAGGAUCACGCCAACGGGCUUGAAUUAACCCUCAAAAUGCGAGGUAUAACCAAGGCUGAAGAGUAUUUCGAGCGCCUGCCCAGCUCUGCCUCACGUAAAGCAGCUUUGUUUCCGAUUCUUUGCUCCUACGUCAGACAACGGGACACCACCAAAGCUGAGGCCUUCAUGGUGAAAAUGAACAAGUUGGGGCUGAUUCUCGAUGCUCAUCCGUUCAACGAGAUGAUGAAACUCUAUAUGGCCACAUCUCAGCAUCUGAAAGUGCAGCAUGUGAUCGAACAAAUGAAGCAAAAUCAGAUACCCAGAAAUGUUCUGUCUUAUAAUCUCUGGAUGUGUGCCUGUGGUGAGGCAUUGGAGGUGAACAGAGCGGAGAUGGUUUACAUGGAAAUGGUGGAUGAUCAGACCGUUGAAGUUGGAUGGAGUGGCCUGUGUACCCUGGCUAAUGUCUACAUAAAAGCCGGUAUUGUUGACAAAGCUCUCGUAGCGACUAAGAAUGCAGAGAAGAAGCUCUCUCCAAGCAAGCGCCGUGGUUAUUUCUUCCUCAUGACAAUGUACUCUUCCCUGAAGAACAAAGAAGGUGUUCUGAGGGUUUGGGAAGCAAGUAAAGCAGUUGGGGGAGGAAGAAUCAGUUGUGCUGAUUACAUCUGUGUGUUGUCGUGUCUGGUGAAGUUGGGCGCCAUUGUUGAAGCCGAGGGAGUGUUCGUUGAAUGGGAGUCGAAUUGUCGGAACUAUGACAUGCGGGUGGCUAAUGUGCUUCUGGGAACAUAUGUGCGGAGUGGCAUGAUGGAAAAGGCCGAGUCUUUUCACUAUCACACCAUUGAGAAGGGCGGGAAUCCAAAUUACAAGACGUGGGAGAUCUUGAUUGAAGGAUGGGUGAAGACUCAAAAGAUGGAUAAAGCCGUGAGUGCGAUGAAGAAAGGAUUGAGUAGGCUGAAAAGUUGUCACUGGAGGCCCUCAGAGAACAUCUUGAUGCCCAUCGCUGAGUACUUCAAGCAACAAGGGAAUCUGGAAGAAGCAAAUGACUAUCUAAGGAUUAUCCAUCACUUGGGUGUUUCAAGCUUGCCAUUGUAUAAAUUGCUCCUCGGGUUCCACCUUCAGGCUCAAAAACCGGUCCAUCACAUCCUGAGUAUGAUGGAGAAGGACGAAAUUGAGAUGGAUGAUGAGAUAUCUGCCUUAGUUCGAGCCUCCAAGAGUAGCGCAAUCAGUGACACAGGCCAUGGUAGUUUCGGUCAAUUUGGGUGUCCCCAUUCAUCGGAGUAAGCGGGAAGUCAGAUGGCGUGUUGAGCAAGCUUGUGGCAACUACAAGCCCGUAGCUCCACUGGGGAUUAGUGAUUAAAAUUAAAAGGAUUACUUCGUGGUGCUUGGAUUCUGGUCGCAGCAAACUUGGCCCCUCCCUGCCUUUAACUGUAGUCGUGCGUUUCAUUUUUAUAAAACUGGGAUGCUUUGUUGCAGUUUCUCUGUUGAUAAUACACUGAUGGAAAUGGGAAUUAAUGAUGAAGAAAGCAGGCGACUUUACAAAGGCCAAAAGAACACCAGACAUCUCAACACUGAACUAUGACAGAUUAGCUCAAAUUCUGCACCUCCGCGACAUGUUGAUCGCCGCCUACGAAUCUUAUUUCUGGCACCACUAGUCUGGCAAUUGACAGAAUGAACACACAUGGUUAGC